GGCAUUCGCAACGUCACUUCCUUCUUUUCUUCAGGACUGUCUUCUGUGGAGACAGGCCGAACGUCGUCAUGGCAGCACUCAGGCCCCUCACCAAGCCCAAUAUCGUCAAGAAAAGGACUAAGAAGUUCAUCAGACAUCAGUCGGAUCGUUAUGUCAAGAUCAGUAAAAACUGGAGAAAGCCCAGAGGUAUUGACAACAGGGUGCGUCGGCGCUUCAAGGGUCAGAUGUUGAUGCCCAACAUUGGUUAUGGAAGCAACAAGAAAACCAAACACAUGCUGCCCAAUGGAUUCAGGAAGUUCUUGGUCCACAAUAUCAAGGAACUUGAAGUCCUCAUGAUGAGCAACAAGAGCCAUUGUGCAGAAAUCGCCCACAAUGUGUCCUCAAAGAACAGGAAGCUCAUUGUGGAGAGGGCCGCUCAGCUGGCCGUUAAAGUCACAAAUCCCAACGCCAGACUGCGCAGCGAGGAGAACGAAUAAUCUGGGUGUCUUGUUUCAAUAAAUUGAAAAUUGUAAAACCACAAAA